AUGGCAUACCGUGAGAGGUCUCGUCAGUACGAGCAUCUGGCCCCGACGUCCCGGGACCGCCCGGACACUGAGACGGACGUAUCGCGUCGCCGGGUACGGCCGCCACCCCGCAACCCACCGCCACCCCGCAGCAGAAAUGUCCCGCGACCGCGGCCGCGACCGCCGUCUUCCAACUCCUGCGAUGAGGAACAAGAUGAAGAUGAGAGCCCCGACGAUGAAGCAGUCUCCGUGCUAUCCCGAUCCCCACCUCCUCAAGUAAAACAUCGCCCUAAGUACAUCAUCAAUUGGAGAAGCGAGCUCUGUCGCCUGCUUCAGGUGUCUGACCAUACGUCCGACGAUGAGAUUCUUGAACUGAUGGACGAGGCGGAGGAGAAGCUGAGGGACGCAGAGAGACUGCAGUACCAGUUUGCCACAGACCCAGGCCCGCUGCGGUCUCAGGUGGUGUACAAGAUUCGAUGCUAUGAGGCGCGAUACAACCCGGACAUGGUCUAUCUCGAUCCGCCUUUGGUGGUCGACAGUGGUACAUAUCAUUCACAUCUGAUAGGCAGUCGAGGCAUCACCAACAUGGAGCUUUACCUUGAGCGUAACAAGAAUAUCAGUGUCCUAGUCCAUCGAGAAUACGCAUGUUGUAAGGGCCCUACUUUCGUCAAACGACCAAGCCAGGGCGAAAAGUCUACCGAGGCCGAUCUCGAACUCUUUUUUGAGCGGGAGCACGUCGAGCUGGUCUCCGAAGAGUUGCAAACAGCCCUCACGGACCUGUCGGAGCUGGCACUGAACGAUAUACCCCAUCCGCGCUUUGAUGGUGGGAAGCCCGGCGCUAUAUCAUACCCGUACUUGUGGUGGUUCCACCGUCGAGGCGAAAUUGAGAAUGCGUUGAAGAAAAUGAGCCUGGCCGACCAGCUGCAUAUCGAAGUAGUCCAGAAUUAUAUGCAAGAACGCUUGAAGUCAGAUUGGUCUAGAGUUGAUGAGCUGACGGCGAGGGGAAUGAUCACGCUUGAAUUGCUGGAAUACAUUUUUGUGCCAAACAGCAUCCUUAUAUCAAAGGCCAGAGGCAACAGUAUUGCUCAACUGGAUGGCCUUACAGCUCAAAACUGGCUCAUGGUUGAUAGCUACUUACCUGAGCGAUUCGCUGCGCGAAUUCAAGGCUCAUUUUGGGAAUUCAGCGGAUCCUUCCAGAGCAGAUCAGUCACGCUUCCGCUUGUUCAUGUCCCAGUCAUAUCCUCAACUGAAGAGUUCCGUAUCAUAGAUCUCGCGGUAUAUCCUGCGCGUUUUGCUGAAAAGAGCGUUCCCGAAGCGCUUCGUCGACGUGGAGAGAUGUUUUGGAAAUGCCGCUAUAGACACUAUGUCUCUUACGUCAAAGACGCCCCAGAUGUUGUACAGCCUUUGUUCAAUUCACGCUUUAUGGUCGAUAUGGAAACGUACAACAAGAUGCACUCGGUCCAGCCGCAAGAACAGCGACCGCCAGACAGAAGGCAUCACGAAGCGGAAAGAAGUCCUAUCGAUAUGAGCAGCGAAACGCCACCUUCAGAAGAUGGCUUCUUGAUGUGCCUUCCAUCUACCCUGAGAGGUUUUGACAUGAAUAAGAAAGAGUGGAGACUGCUUGAGGUAGCUUUCAUGCGUGAGGUGGUUUGGAAUGACGAGGCCUUCAAAGACUUAGUCAUCAAUCCUAAAACUAAGAGGCUUGUCCAAGCUGUGGUCACAAAUCGAUUACGGUCAGAGGAAGGUACAGAUUUGAUUAAAGGGAAGGGCAACGGGCUAUUCAUACUUCUUCACGGCGGCCCUGGAACUGGCAAGACGCUCACGGCUGAAAGUGUCGCUGAAAUCGCCAGAAAACCUCUCUACAAGGUCACAUGUGGAGAUAUCGGAACCAAAGCUGACGAGGUCGAAAAGUAUCUGGAAGUUGUUUCCUUACUCGGAAAGACAUGGGGUUGUGUUGUUUUGCUUGAUGAGGCUGAUGUGUUUUUGGAACAACGAUCGCUUGCUAACCUCGAGAGGAACGCACUGGUGUCGGGUAUGUCUUUAUUAUGUGUUGCCACAUAA